AUGACAUUGCUGGCAUUAGUUCUUCGUGUCGCAAUUGCUCUUAGCACUCAAGGAUUCUUUCAACCGGAUGAGUACUUUCAGGUGUUAGAACCCGCCCAUCACUACGUUUUUGGAUAUGGACACCUCACAUGGGAAUGGGUUAGUCCAGCACCCCUUCGAAGCAUCAUCUACCCUGCGUUGAACAUACCACCCUUUUGGCUUGUCAAAACACUGGGCCUUGAUGCAAGAUACCCUGAAUUGCUAAUAGCGGGCCCGCGCAUUGUCCAUGGUUUGUUGGCUGCCAUCACAGAUAUAGGGAUCCGUGAAAUUACAAAACAAGUUCUCAAUGAUGCGUUUGCGCCAACUGCGUACUUUGUUUCUCUGAUAUCACCGUUCCACUCGUUAUCACUUUCACGAUCCAUGUCGAAUUCCCUUGAGACGUCAUUAACAACAGCUGCACUAAGCUACUACCCUUGGGACUUUACACAGUCCAUGCAGGUGCAGUCGAACAGGACUAGAAUGCGCAUGUGCAUUGUGUUUGCUGCGCUGGCGUGCGCAAUCAGACCCACCAAUGCUAUCAUUUGGGUCUACAUGUUUGGCCUUCUCUUCCUGCGUCUUGGAUUCCGCCCGAGUCAGGGUUUCAUGUUCGUUCGCGAUUGCUGUGUCAUUGGAGCUGUGACUACUCUUGCAGUCUUUGCGCUUGAUUCAGCCUUUUAUGGCAGGCCUACGCUGAGUCUCUUUAACUUUCUGCGAGUCAAUGCGUCGCCCAUAUCUUUGUUUUACGGCUCGAACCCUUGGCAUUAUUACCUGUCUCAGGCCCUCCCGAUCCUUUGCUCUACCUCCUUGCCAUUCGUGCUGCAUGGCAUGCACCUCGCAGUGAAGAACGACGAGAAAAAAUUGAAGACAAUGUUGGGGUGUGUCUUCUGGACAUUGACGGUAUUCUCAUUUGUUGGACAUAAGGAAUGGCGUUUUCUCCACCCACUACUGCCGAUGUUACACAUCUUCGCGUCAAGGUCCCUCGUGGAACUGUAUCAUCGCAGCGCGAAAGCCGAGGUCAAAGUUCCUCGCAAAAGGGGAAAGGAUUCGGUAGCCAAUGUUGUCGGAACUUUCUCACUUCCGAUUCGCACUCGAGACCUCUGUAUUCUCUUAUUGGCCGUCCCAGCCUCGGUGUACGUGGUAUUCUUCCAUUGCGUAGGACAAAUCAAAGUCAUGUCGUAUUUGCGGAGCUUGCCUUCCGAUGACCUGGCGUCCGUGGGGUUCUUGACACCCUGCCAUUCUACCCCGUGGCAAGCCUACCUUCACCGGCCCGAACUCGCAGCUCCCGGGAGAAUGUGGGCUCUUGGGUGUGAGCCACCACUGGGGCUCCAAAAUCCCAGUGACUACAAGGACCAGACAGACAUCUUUUUCGAAGCGCCCUUAGAAUAUAUGCGAACUCAUUUCCCAUCGCGUGUGGAUCCUUCGUACCUCCCUUCGCCGUUCGCUUCUUCAAUACCAAACGUUACAUUCGUGGAAACAAUUAAGGUUGUCGAACAAAGUUCACGGUCUUGGGAUUUAGGCUGGCAGCAUGAGUGGCCACAAUAUAUAGUACUGUUUGGUGCGCUUCUACGGGAGCCGGGCGUGUUGGACCUCAUCAGGAACAAAGGUUACGAAGAGGUAUGGAAGGGUGGGUUCGAGUGGGAAGGAGAGGGCCAGAGAAGGGGCGCUGUUCGGGUUUGGAAACACAUCCGUUGA